CAGUGGUAAUACACAGGGAUAUCUGAUAUCCACGACUCUUUUGAGGUUUUUCCAGCUAAAUAGAUUAAAAAUCAGCGCCUGUCUAGUGUCUGUUAGUCUUCCAUGUGUAUGUGAAUACACCUGCCCCCCCCCCGCCCCCUUAGCUCAUUACAUUAAAAUUGCUUCUCCUUUUUAAAUUUGAUUUCCUGCCAGAUGUAGCAAUGACCCAGUUAAUUACGCUUUUCUGAACAUUGUGCUUUUGACAUGACCUAAUAACCUAAUAUAGCUUGCAUUGGGAUCCUAUAUUGCUUCAGCAUGAUGGCAUAGCCUUUGAGGAUAGGGUUGCCAUGACAACCUCCUCCAGAAGAUUCGUAACCUCAGCCUACCCCCCAUCUGUGCUGCAGAUGUUCAUAUUAUCCUGAUGAGAAGGUGUACAUCUUCUUAUUUUAUAGAGCACCUUGGACCAGCAGUCAGUCAUCAAUCUGUUUGGUUUACAGUGAAGAAAUGAUUUUAAAGCUGUUUAACGCAUCAGUCUCCACAUAAAGAAAGCCACAGUGCUUCCUAUCAUCCUAUGUAGUAGUUGCAAGGUUUGCUUCAGGUUCAGCAAACAUGCCUCUAGGUUUUCUUUGUACUAAAUAACUGCAUUUCAAUGCCUGUUGUGCAGCCCCCACAUGUUUUCAUUAGGUGCUUGUAUAAUGUGGCAGUGGAUUAGCAUGGACAAAAUCUCCCUUCAGUACUACUUGUUCAACUAACUUGGCAGAGAGCCAGCAAAUCCCUGAGCACCAUAUACUCUCCAAGUAAUCUGAGGGAUAAAAUAAUUAUCUUGAAUGAAGGGAGGUUGGUUGUUUUUGUGAUCAGUUUUCUUUACCCGCUAUUUUUGGAUUAAAAGUUUGAGGAUGUGGGGGGGAAAAUACCCUGACCCCAGCAAUCUGUUAGUGUCCUGUUUCCUCUUUAUUACUUCUAAUCCAUUGUUAUGUCAGAGAGAAGAAGGAUACCACACCAAGGCAGCCGCUGAAAUUAAACACUGGGUGCUCUUCAGCUUAAUGAUCCCAUCUUGUAAAGAUGAAUAAAUAACUUGUCGUGGUUUGUCACAGAUGAGUUAGUCAGGAUGAUCGGGCUGAACUGUGUACAUAAAAAUGAUCAACUACAGGAAUGUUAUUCUAAUCAUAGCAACUAUUAUGCCAGUUUUUAUUAUGCCAUUUCAAAUCACAUAGUUAUGUUGCACAUAUUCAGUGUUGUAAAUUGUAAAGAUAUAUGUAAUAACACUUAAAUUUGGUAUGGUAAUCAAUGAAUUAAGUAAUUAUCUGUUGAAUGACUUAAAGGCAAAGUGUUCUACAAAUUGUAACAUAUGCUCAGGCAAUAUCAAAUAAAUGGUAUAAACUAUAGAUCUAGAAGGUGAGUAUUGAUUUCCUCUUGCAACCCACACUGAGGGAAACAAAAUUACAUUGAAUCAAUUGUGGAACUGUCUGGGUGAAAGUGCAGAUAACAGCAGAAAGGAGGAGAAAUCAAUGCUCUAUACUAUUUGUAUAUUCCCUCAGAUUGCCUUUCAUAGGCUACACGGUCCACACGACAACAAUGGGCCAUCCACACGCGUCAGUUAAUUGACAUUUGAGACUAUAUUGACUGACUGAAAAGCUAAAAUCAAGAUGCAUGUCAUUGUGCCUGUGACAUGUUUUCUUAGGUCAAGGACAACCAGGUUAUCUAUAGGCACUAAGGGCUAAUCAGUGUUUUUAUAAGCGAGAUAUAUUCCCAUAGACAGGACUACUGUAAAAUCUAAAUUUAACUCUUAAAAAUAGGUGAUAAAUAUGAGUCACAUUUAAGGAAAUCAGAUAAACCUGCUGUCACUUUAAGUUAAAAAAAUAUCCAUGUGUCACAGAAACUAAACUGACACCAUUCAUAUCAAUACAUGAAGAUGAUUAAUACCUUCCAGGUUGAUUCAGGUAAACAAUUUGUGAAGCAGGCUAUGUGCGUGUGAACUUCUCCAGUGGCUGGAAAACGGCAGAGGCGCUGUGAGAAAAUCUGAGGGGAGCAUGAGGUGCAUGUGGCUCAUCGGAAGUUAUUGGAAAUGAUGAAAUGACAUCACCGCAGUUUUUUCGUGGCUUUGUUUGGUGCGUCUCCUGACCACGCCUUCCUGCCAGGACGGUCAUAAAACAGCCAGUCUGUGUGUGUGCUCACCAGUUGAUUUCUAGUCAGUGUGGCCAACAGGUGCACUACAGCCUCCCUUCACCUCGCUGUUGGAUAAUGCCCGCAGAGCGCCGAUCGUCGCUUUGUGCAGGGCUUCCUCAUCUGCACUUUGAACAUUUGCACGUUUUUAUAUCCUGAUCACUUCCAGUCACAAAAAUGCCUUUUCCGCCCAUCAGCCUCCACCAGCGGAUCUCUUCUCCUGGAAGGGAACUAUUCGGGAAAAAGAAAGCCAACGGAGUGCCUCCUCAGACUGAGCUCACCAGCAAAUCCGGCGGAGAAAAAGGUUCCGAAAAGGAGAAGCAGUCCACAUCUUGGACAUCGGCGAAUUUAAGGAAUUUGGGGCGGAAAGCUCAUCAAGAGAAGAGUAAAAGCCCAGCGCAGAAGCCGGGUGCCGGUCAGUGCUCCUGGCUGACGUUGCCCAAACCUCAGGACUCAUCGGAAGGUGUCAGGCGCUCCAGCUCCAUGGACUCAUCCAGACUUCUCCAUGGCAAAGAGGAAGGGAAGAAGGAGAUUCAGUUCACCCUCAGUCUCACCCCUGAAGCCGUUCUCGUCAUCCAAAAACGAAAUCUUGAAAAGCAGAUGCUGGCGAAGCAACAGAAGUGUUGCGCGGCCGCGGACUUCAGGCACAGGCGCGUUUUUCCUUCCAAAAAGGCGCACGGAGCGUCCAAGGGCAGCGCACCAGUCGCCAAAGCGGAGGGAGCAGAGCAGGACAUCACCGCCAUCGUUAAAAUAUCUCUGUUGAACGAUCAAUACAAGUACGAUGACGUGGAGUAUGAAGAGGAGGAUGGAGAUGUGGACGAGACUGUAGUGAGGAAAUGUAAAGAGUGGCUCAAAGGGGUCGAAAAUGCCGCUGCUUUGGGAAAAGUCGACAAACUUUCUGCACUCCCGCACCUUAAAGGCUGCUGAUACCUGACAUUUGAUUUGAUCACUUGAUCUUUCAUUUCAUAGCUGACUGAAGCGAUGAUGGACUCGUGAAAAGUGUGCACUGAUGUAGUCCUGCUGCAAUGGCAUCUUAAAUUUAAGUCUUAAAUAUAAGUGUAAAUUAAAUGUUUGCAAAUGUCUGUAGAGGAAUGUCCACGUGUUUCUGAAUUACUCCCAAAAUAAGUGUGAAAAAAGCAAAUGAGGAAAUUGACUCUUAGUCAAGAAAACAAAAACAGACGAGUAAAUUGAACUGGAAUAAGAAAAAAUAUCACUUUCCUCAACAGAAAUACGAUUUUAAAGCUUAAUUGCAGCCCAUGGCUCAACCAACAGUGCUUCUUAUGGUUCACAGGGAUGUUGCUUUGCGAGUUUAUGCCUAUUCAAUAAUUUGUUGAAGUUUGAAUUGAAUACCUUAAUAUUCUCGUCCUUUGCACAUGGUUUUUGUUUUCAGUGGGGCGCCUGGAUUGGCACAGGGAUUUGCGUAAAGGCACGCGAAACCGUUCCUUUGUGUCAGAGAACAAUAAGCUGUCAACAACAGCGCUUUAUGCGCCUGCUGCUGAAACCAAACUGGACUGUUUAUUUUUCCUCGAGUAAGAGGGUUAUAUCAUUUGUAGGGAUUUAUCAGUGAUGUACAAUAUUUAAUAUUUGCUAAAUAUUUGUACUGUCAAACGUUUUCUCAGCUGAUAAUUUUAUGCCAUUUGAAGUAAAAAUGUUUUUUUUUUAAUUACCCAAGUGUCACUGAGCCUUUUAAAUCUUAACAAGCUGAUUUGUGUGUUGUGCCUCUUAAAUAAUUCUGUUACAUGAUGCUGAUUUGAAGUCAUUUAGAUUUCAGUUACACUUCUGGCCAAUCUCCAGAUGGUAUUUUAAAGACUCUUUGUUGCCACUGUAGCUACCUGAGGCCAUUUGGGCAUUAGUGUUCUAAGCUUCUUAGAUUUCCUGUUAAGCAGGGUUGACCAGUGUAGGGCCUCUGUAGGGCCCAGGUGCAUGAUCCAUUCAGGAAAUUACCUCCAGUCUGCUUUCCUUAUGGAAUAUCAAACUAAGCAUUGCACAUAGCUACAAGAGAGCCUUGGUACCAAAAUCUGGGAGAAGUUUCUAUUCAAAAUGUCCUGCAGAACUGCGUGUACAUAAGUUUUAGCAAAAAACUGAAUUCUGGUUUGUUGCUAGGACCAACUGAGGGACUAGCAACAAACCAGUGUGUUUCCAGCAAAAAACAGAACUGAAUGCAAUAAACCAAAUAUUAGAAUAUGAAGGCUUCUUUACUGAAUUACUGCAGGUGUCUGUAUAUUGUCCUACAGAAACAGUAAUUAUAUGCAAUCCUUUGACACAUUAAAUCUUCAUGUGGGGUCACUAACAUAUUUAAAAUGUGUGUAUUUGUGUGUAUGGGAGUAAUAAGCUUUAGCCUUCUUUUAUUGUUCUCUGUCACUUGGUAACCAGAGUUUUACUCAGAGUGUGGUACGCUUUAAAGCUCAAUAACAACUUGGACAGACGAGUGUGAGCUAGAAUAUGUUAAGACACUGCAGUGAAUUUGAAGCCCUCAAACACCAACAGCUGGUAAGCUUUUUUUGAAAAAAUACUUGUAUGCUCAGGUAACAUUGUGGUUACGUAUUACUCUGGAAUGUGAUGUUUACACAUCAGCAGAGAGGAUUCCUAAAUUUUUUUCAGUACUAUUUUUCAGUCGUGACUUGCCUUGUUUCUCUAAAGGUUACCUUGAUAGUAGAUUUGUCAUGAGAUCCAAGUGCAAAGACUUUCAUCAAUCAAGGAAUCAUCUCUCUACCUGGGAUGCACACUUAUCACCUGUUGGUGUCAGAAAGGUAUUUUCUAAAAACAGACUCAUCACCACUCAGAGUUUCAUAUUUUAUUAUGCUGUUAUCCUGGAAAAAUUCAAGAAUUCAUGACAUAAUCAAUCAGGUGUCAAAUAUAUGUAAAGCACAGCUUUGUACAAGACAUUACAGAUUUCUUAUUUAUGCCAUGUGAGUAAACAAACGGGCUACUAGAAUAAAGCAAUGUGUCCUGAAUAGAUGCUCCCAUUCAGUGUCACAAAGUUGUUUUAUUGUCGCAUGGAGCGGACUGAGAUCACGACUGAGCC